AUGGCCAUAGUUAAGGAACCCUACUAUGGCGAGAAGUUGACUACUGUUAAGACCCCACUGGGACAGCUAACGAACUCGACUCCCGAAGGUGUGUUUAUGAGACCUGUCACAUUUGGUCCCAAUGUGUUUGCUGCACCACUGUUUCAUUUGAGUGCUGAUUUUGUCAAGAGGGGGGCCAAGUCAGCUGUAUGCUUGCGACUGAUGGACUCUGAAGAUGUUUUUGCCCAUGAACGUACGCCAAAGAGAAGGAGCGUUGAGCCAUAUUACGGAACCAAGUACAAAACUGAUAAGCCAAUUACAGUUAGUGAUAAGUUUAGGUAUUUCUUGACCAAUGAACUGGCUGUUGUGAGUGACAAUGACGACGAUGACGUUGACGCUGACGGUGAUGAUAGUGACAUGUCAGAUUAUAUGGACUCAUUUACCGUUGAUCUGAGUGACUUAGAAGACUACCAAGUACAACGAUACCAUAUGCGGAAGAAUGGUAACAUGAAGAUCCGGCCACCUCGGAACUCGUUUUCAUCAACUGCAGUUAGCGAUAACUAUGAAUCUGUAGAUGAUGAUGAUAGAGAUUUAGAUGCAGAAUUAGAAGAUAAAGAGAAUCAAGAGAUGAAAUUAAUCCGGAUUCAAAGUAUGGGGAGAUUAAACUUUUCAAAGCCAGAUUAUUUAGAAAACGUUGAAGAGUGUUCGGAAAAACUGUUUGUGAAAUCAUUAAAUCCAAAUAACUUACUUAAUCCCAAAUCAAGGAAAUCAUCCAUAGUGACUAAAUCCCCCAGCUUUAUUGGCGGUGAUAAUAAUAUUAAUAAUCAUGUAGUGGACAUUUUCAGUCUUGAAGUCAAGUCCUUAUCCAUUAGAGACGACUAUGAGAGUUAUCCACUAUCAGAUUUCUUGAUUUGA